CUUGCAGUGAAAGAAUAUUCUGAACCUUAGAAAUGACAGCUGUCCUCAGACAGCAAAGAGUUAAUCUGAGGAAUUUAGAGAACACUGAUUCAGCCUGACUUGCUGUCCUGGCUCAUACAGAUCUCCUGCCUCAAAAGUGGAAGGACCACACUGAUAACUUUCUUUUACAAUCUACUUUCAAUCAAAAGUACUACAAUGCCAGCCACUGGAACCCUUUCUCUGCUGCAUUUAAUCUUCCUUGUAUGUUUACCUGUCCAGAAGCCAUGGGCAUUGCAAAGUCCAGACCUGCAAUCCUACCCUAGGGAAGAAGUCAACCUACUCUCAGAAAGUCUUCUCCAGAUUGGAACAGGAUUAAGAAGAGAAGUUAAUUAUACCAAAACACAGAUCAGCAGUAUUUUCCAGCAACUACGGCAGUUUAAUUCAUCCCUGGCAAAACUGUCCGAGCAAAUCAAACAAGCCAGUAAACUUGGGGAAGAACUUGACACCAAAACAAGAAGCUUUGAAGAUAAUGAUAAAAUGUAUGAGGUUCUAUCUGAAAUUUCGGAAGAACUUGUUAAGCUGCAGAAAGAAGGAAUAUCUCUCGAUAACAUAAUCAAGCCUCUAGAAAAGAAGGUGCAGACAGCUCUGGAUACAAGAGAAGGGAGAGAAUAUGUUUUCAACACAUCACACAUUCUGUCAACAAUUGAAAAGCAAAAUGUGCAAAUUGAUGCUCUCCAGACGAUAGUAGACAGCCAUCAAGAACACAUCAAUUCUCAGGAAGCCAAAAUACAAAGAUUACUAAGAAAGACUGACUCAAAAAACUUGAAGGCCAAAAGGAGACGAAACCUAGGACUUCGAGAGACUAGCAAAGAUGGACAUAUCUGCCAGACACAACCCUGAAGAAUAUGUAUCUCCUUAUUGACACAAAAGAAACAACACUAUGCUGUCAUAGUAUGAUGGAGCCAUGAAGACCAACCAAGAUAUAAAUGUGUCUGGGAUUUGCCAUGUGAUGACAAGAAAUCUGUCAAUGUUGGUGCUUUGUAUCACUAUGCAGUGUAAUUCAAUGGUGUGAAUGUUUCAUUUAAAGCUGAAGUUUAGCUUUAUUAAAUCCUUACAGCUUUACUCACAUCACUUACCUGUAACAAAGUAUUUCCCAGGUUGCGCAGGCAAGUGGAUUUCGAAGAAAUCUUUACUGCGAGGAUGCUUGUCCUCUUCCUGUCUCCAAAUUUCUGGUUAGGAGCUUUGGUUCUUUAGGCAGAACAGCAGGACAGACAGUCUGACAGGCACAAAUCCUCUCUUUCGUCCUCCUCCUUUGAGACAAGUUCUUUCAUCGAUUCCACUGCCUGUUACACAAUCUGUGAAUUAGGGGGAGGGGGGAGUCCUGUGACUGAUCAAACCCCCACUCAUCACAUUAUGUGGAAGGAGGGGGUGUGUCCUUUAUAGACCAUCUGCAGUGCUGGAAGUUCAGAGACAGGAAGAGGACAGGCAUCGCUGCAGUGAAGAUUUCUCCAGGAUCCAGCACACCGCACAAAGUGGGACAUACAUACAUUAUUUUCUUCAUCUUUAAACAUUAUUCAUAAUAUAAGUGCUUUUUAAAUAAAAAAAAGAAUACAAGCACAUUUUGGACACAUCUGUAAACUAAGCAAUGUUGUAUAAAAAGAUUAUAAAGGAAUUUGUCUCAAAACACUGUACUUCAAAAAGGGUGAAAUGAUGUAAACAUGAUAUGUUGAAUGUAAUAAUUAAAGGCAAAUUUGCAUUGACAGUUAAAUAUGUUAAUUGAAGGCAUUUAAAAUAAAUAAGACCUCCUGCCAAA